UUCCUAUUCUUGUGAGAAAGAAGACAAGAUUUAACCUGUCUUACUUUUGGCUCAAUAUUGCUGAGUAACAUUGAUACAGUUGGAUUUAAUUGUGAGAAUGUGAGUUAAGAUAGUUAUAUAAAAUUGUAUAAGGGAGUACAUUAUUGUAGAACUUUAUUGAAAGUUAAAAAAUAUGGCAACUGGAGGUUCAUCCAUUUACAAAGGAUCUGACCUGAUUCAUGACUUCAGUUGUUUUAAGUGUCAGGAGAAUGACUUCAACACUGAGGCCCAGCACUUCUGUCCUGACUGUGAACACUAUCUGUGUGACAUGUGUGUAGGGCUACAUAAUGGCUACCAUAAAAAGCACACUGUGUAUGGUCGUGGUGAUAUUGAAAAGUGGGUGGGAUCAUCAAUUGACAGAUGUGACCAACAUGGCAAAGAGCUGGAGGUCCACUGUGAUGACCACCAGGAACUGUGUUGCAAUGUCUGUGUAGCACUCAACCACAGGCUGUGCAACAGCAUCAGUCACCUCCCUGAUCUUGCAAAAGGCUUCCACAAGAAGGUCGAGAUCCAGCAGCUGUCGGCAACAGUGAAGAAGAUGAGCAGCAGGCUGGAUGAGCUCCAGAAUGCAGGGACAAAAUACCAGGCUGAACUUAAGGACUCGUACAAGAAGGCUGUAGCUGAAAUCAAGGCCAUUCGGAAGGAAAUAGAUUCCAUUCUUAAUCAGCUUGAGAAGGCAACAAUAGAACAAGUAGACGGCAUGAUUGGUGAUUUUGAAAACGAUGCCAAAGACGAUGUUGAAAAAUGUAUGAAGGUAAAUGAUCAACUGAAAAACCUGAUGGAAAAGAUCAAUCAGUUGGUUGGAAAACGCAAGGAGACAACCGCCUACAUUGGAUACCGAAAAUGUACAGUUAAAUUAGCCCAGGCUAAUGAUCUGGUCGGUGAAAUACAGAAAAGACCGAAGAAAGACAUACAGUUUGUAUCGGACAGAACCAUUGAGUCGUUCCUCGAAAGUCUGAAAGCAUUGGGGCUGAUUGAGAGAAAAUACAAAGAUUGUCUAUAUCAGGUUGUAAAAUCAAAGCAAUUUAAUGUUAGAAUUCAACAGGAUAAAAAGUUGUGCACCAUUGCAGGGACAUGUGAGUUACCCAGUGGACACAUAGUCAUCUCAGAUGCUUAUAACCGCAAAGUGAAGCUUCUGAACAGUGAGUUUCAAGUCAUUGAUCAUUGCGAUCUUCCUGCCACUCCCUGUUGCGUAAGUCACAUUGCAGGCAGUGAGGUAGCUGUAGCAUUUGAUGAUGUUUGUUAUGUUGAUGAUGGUGGUGGUGGUGGUGGUGGUGAUGAUGAUGAUGAUGAUGAUGAUGAAGAUGAUGAUGAUGAUGAUGAUGAUGAUGAUGAUGAUGAUGAUGAUGAUGAUGAUGAUGAUGAUGACGAUGAUGAAAACAAAAAAGGCAUACAAUUUAUUAAAGUCAGUGGUGGAAGACUGCAGAAAGUGAGAAAGUUCACCAAAGACCAUACGUGCACCUCUAUCGCUCACCACAAGGGCCAGCUGUAUGUGAGCUCCGCGACUGCACUAUACCAGUACACCAUGGAUGGAGAACUUGUUAAGAAGAUCCAUGAAGACAAGACUGGUGACAUAACAGUCUUUCAUUGUGCUGUGAGUCCUGGUGGCGAGAGAAUAUAUGUUUCAAACCUUGAUAAAAAUAAAUUGAUGUCAAUGGAUCAAGCCGGCAAAAUUUUAUCCGCAUUUGAAGAUCCUGAAUUAGGAAAUCCGUCUGGAGUAUGCGUCAGCCUGAGUGGCCAAGUGUUUGUGUGUAGUUUAGAUCAUAAUACUGUAAUACAGGUCAACAGUGAGGGGACAAAGAAGCUGGCCACAGUGACAAGUGAAGUUGAUGGCAUAAACAACCCAUUGUCUGUUGGGUUUAUUGAAAGCACGUCUUCCCUUAUUGUUGGUGGACACGAAAAUGAUAACAUUGUUGUUCUUCAGAUAGAGAAGAUAGGAGAAUGUUGAAUAAUUCAUCAUUAACUAUGAAAAACUACCAUGGUCGAUAGGGCUUAUUGAUAAAACAAUAGCCUUGAACAAACAAUGACAACUGUGUUGGUUUUCAGUUAAAAAAUGUUGAGAAAAACUAAUUGAGGACCAGUUUACUGUGUGUGCGACAAACAGAAUAUGGUGUUAUAUAUGUACUGAUAUUUAUUGGGAUUUUACUCCUUUCGGAAUAUGCCUGAGUAGCUUUGUAGUAUAUUAUAAGAAAACCAUCCACAAUUGUAUGUGAAUGUUACAUCUUUUCCAAAAUAACGUUGAUAUUGUUACUGCCGUGCGCGCCGGUAUUUGAUUUGGAUGUCAGAAAGCCAACGAUCCGUAACAGUGAAAGAUUAUUAAAUUGAUAUUUACACCUUUUCAAACAGUGAAAUAACAAGUUCUAUUUCAUGGUAAUUUAUUUCCAUAAACCACAAUUCAUUACAUAAGACUGUAUAAGUCAUUUAUUACAUUGGUUGUAAUAAAGCGCAAAUAUGAAUCGUAAAAACUCAAAAACUCAAACUUUACUGGUGGAGUUAUAACCCGAUCACUUUAUAAAUACCGAUCACCUGUUAAACCACGCGUUUGUUUACCUCGAUCGAGUAUCAUUAAGAAAACGUUGAGUGGUCUCAUGUUGACUAUUGAUCUUGCAGUUAUAAAGUUAAUGGUUAAGAGACUAACUCCUGUUGCUGUGAUUUGAAUGAAUGUCCUGGAGUUUUAUAUUGAAAUGCACUACAGUCUUUUAAUAUCUUAACUUUUAAUUUUUGAUAUGUAUGAUUUGAUAUCUACCAUGUAUGUACAUUGUAGCUCAUAUUUCUAAACUAUAAGCUUCUGCUAAGUGUCAUAUUAUAUAUUUCAUAAGAAAAGGUGUGCCAUUUUGAAUAUUUCAUAAGAAUGUAAUCUCUUCAUAAGCGUAUACAAUUAAACAUAUUUUAACCCGAACUUAUGAUUUUAGUACUAGAUAAAUUGACAAGAGCGUCAC